CACUCACUCAGUCCCAAUCGCUUACGGUAACAGAACCCCUGUAAGCCACAGGACGUCUCUUUGAAACUUUCGUUCACGCAAGUAAAGAGACUAUGUUCUGUUUAAAAAUCAUACGUGUGGGUAAUGCGGGAGUUGUGGAGUGCUUCGUGAAAGAUGUAUCAAGAGCGUCAGUGUUUAAAUUUCGGAAAAAUAUGAGGAGCCAUGCUGUAAACAGAAAGAGGUACAGCGGGACCUCUUACUUGAGACAGCAUUAUGGUAGCGGAUUCUCUCAAAUGCAUAUGAAUGAAAAAAGAAAAGGUCUUUUCUCGGCACUGGAAGAUAUGCUUUUCUACACAAUCACACAGGGCGAGGAGAAAAUCUCAAUUUCUCAGUUUAUCUCCGCCCUGAAGAGCACAGGGCUCCUGAUCACUGACCCCCGCCUGAAGGACUGCAUGGAGAAGCUCCGUCUGACCGUGCGCGACUCCAUCACUGAAGUCAUGAUGGACAGAGAACUCUUUAGAAAGUGCGUAGGUGGGAACAUUAUGUUGUUAUCCCAGGCCUUCCAGAAGAAAUUCAUCAUCCCAGAGUUUGAUACUUUUGUGGGCAGCAUUGACCAGAUCUUUCACAAUGUCCAAGCACAACAGAAAGGGCAUGUUGCAGACUACAUUCCUCAUUUGGCUAAGUUCAAUCCAGAUCUGUGGGGUGUUGGACUGUGUACUGUGGAUGGACAGAGGCACUCGGUGGGCGACAGCAAGAUGCCCUUCUGCCUGCAGUCGUGCGUGAAGCCGCUGGAGUACGCCAUCGCCGUGCACGAGGCCGGUUCCGAGCGCGUGCACCGCUUCGUGGGAAAGGAGCCCAGCGGCCUGAAGUUUAACAAGCUGUCGCUGGACGAGGACGAUAAGCCGCACAAUCCCAUGGUCAAUGCUGGAGCCAUUGUCAUCAGCUCUCUCAUCAAGCCUGGCACAAACAAGGCAGAAAAGUUUGACUAUGUGAUGGACUUUGUGAAGAAGAUGGCUGGUCAGGAAUAUGUGGGCUUCAGUAAUGCCACGUUCCAAUCGGAAAAGGAAACGGGAGACAGGAACUUUGCCAUUGGAUACUACCUGAAAGAGAAGAGGUGUUUUCCACAUGGGGCAGAGAUGAUCGACGCCUUGGAUUUUUACUUCCAGCUGUGCUCCAUAGAGGUCACCUGUGAGUCAGGAAGUGUGAUGGGAGCUACGCUGGCCAACGGCGGCAUCUGUCCAAUCACAGGCGAGCGUGUGCUGAGCGCGGAGGCCGUUCGGAACACCCUCAGUCUCAUGCACUCCUGCGGCAUGUACGACUUCUCCGGGCAGUUCGCCUUUCAUGUGGGCUUACCUGCAAAGUCAGGUGUGUCAGGUGCAGUCCUGCUAGUAGUUCCCAACGUCAUGGGGAUGAUGUGCUGGUCGCCACCUUUGGACAAGGUGGGCAACAGCGUCCGAGGAAUCGAUUUCUGCCAGGAGCUGGUGUCCCUGUUCAACUUUCACAACUAUGACAACCUGAGACACUUUGUGAAGAAGCAAGACCCUCGCAGGCAGUCUGGAGACGAUCGGAACCCCUCUUCUUCAAAGACCCCAGCAGCCAUACAGAACAAGUCCAUAGUGAAUCUGAUGUUUGCUGCUUACAGCGGAGAUGUCUCUGCCCUAAGGAGGUUUGCGCUGUCCUCUCUGGAUAUGGAGAUGAAGGACUAUGACUCCCGCACAGCCCUACAUGUGGCAGCAGCUGAAGGUCAUACAGAGGUCGUGCGGUUCCUGACCAAAGUCUGCAAGGUCAACCCUUUUGUGAAGGACAGAUGGGGUAACAUGGCGCUGGAUGACGCCAUGCAGUUUGGCCAGGAUGAGGUGGUGAAGCUGUUGCAGGAGUACCAUCAGAACUGCAGCGAGGCCCAGAGCACACAGGCAGGAGAGGAGAGCGACAAACUGAAGACGGUGGAGGGAGUGGUGUGAGAGGACACGCCCACUUCUCCUCAAACCUCAUGACCACCAGAUAACACAACACACCAGCGCAUGUGUGGAAAAGACCUGUUCGCUCUCAUGACGGGACAAGUUGGUCUGUUUUGGAGGUUUGCUGAUUGGUGUAUUAUAUAGAUGGCCAUUUUUGUAGCGAAUGAUCACAGACCCCAGGAAUCUCAGAGAUCGUUUUCUUUCCCACUCAGAAUCUAUUUUUACUUAAAGAUGGCUGUUAAAAUGUACAUCAUAAUAUUGCUUAGCGCAGCUUUAAUGUGGCAGCCUAGGUGUGCUAUGUAGAGCAUAACAAAGUGGGAUAUCGAUAUCUCUGAAUACUGACCGGUGAGGCUUCCCUUAGCGCGAUCAAUAGAUGGGAUUGAUGUUAUUUCUCUGUUUUGGCCAGUGUGUUGUUGUUAUGCUGUGGAUUGAUUCUGUCACACACACUGAGGAGAGGAGAGGGAGAUGCAGGUAAAGAUGCAGGCAGAAGGUUGUUACUGUCUGAUGGUGAGGCGGUCAACAACCAGCUCAGUGGCACUGUUCCCUGCUGCGCCCCUGAUUACCUGACAUGCUCUAUGGCUCACUAUGCACCCCUGUUGGCCAUUCUAUACAGAAACAUGCAAGAUGUUUUGAGCACAUACUCAAAAUGGACAGCUAGGGGGCGCUAUGAGCAGUUUGCACACCCUGAGGAAGAUGCCAUUACAUUAGCAGACAAACGUUGGUGUACUGUACGUGUUUCAAACAGAGGUGCACAUCCCGGGUUCAGAGAGUAAAAGUCCUGCCAAGUGUUUGAUCCAACCAUUUAGUAAACCAGCUCAUCCUAAUUACUGUACCAACCCCAGGUAGAUCAGAUAAUUAGCGAUAUCACCUGUGUUACUGUAAGUGCACAGGUAGAAAGAAUAUAUGGCAGGACUUUUACUUUCUGGAUCUGGGAUGUCCGCCUCUGGUUUCAAAUGCUUGUAGCCCAGUAAAUAAAGGCUUUUUACUAUUAUAAAUCCACCUUAGUGCCUGGGCCUGGAUGUAUUAUGCAUAUACGUAUACGAGAUAUUGUAUUUAGAUAUCAUUUAUCCACUUUUUUUCUGGAUUGGCUAAAAGUCUAUUAAGUCAGAACCAUAGGCUGCACCUUUAAGAGUAGAUCUAUCGUGUACAUCUCAUAUCUAUUGUAAAUACUUUUAUCAAACAUACUGUAUAAAAGUAAAUAGUACAAUGUAUGUAAAUAUGUCUAUUUUUGUCUGUAUUUUCAGUGUUUUAUCGUCUGAAAUUUCACCUUAAGAGGCCUUUUUACAUAUCUGUUAUGCAAAAAGCUGUGACAAAAUGACGUUUUCCUAAGUUGUUUCUUGUUCCAAUAUCUUCUUUGAUGUAUUCUGGUUGCCUAAGCGCAGUAGAUGUAAGGGCACGGUUUAUUGAAAUAAAAUGACAUUGUAGAA